UGCGGCGGGCUGCUGCCGGCAGACGGGCACAGUUCAUCAGCACAUCCACCACCGCCGCCGCCGCUGCUGACAUGAAGGUCCUGGUGCUAGUGUGCGCUCUGGUGGGCUACGCCGCGGCCAGGCCCGGCUACCUGGGUCUGGGGCUGCCCUACGGCCUGCCCUACGGCGUCCCCGGCGCCGUGUCCGCCGCGGGGCUCCCUGCUGACACGCCGGAGGUGGCGGCCGCCAAGUCGCGCAUCCUGGCCAUCCAGGCUGCCGAGGCGGCGCGCAACGCCCAGGGAGUCCCCGUAGUUCCGGCGCCCGCCGCUGCGUCAGCCGCCGCUGCACCCGGCGCUGGCCUCGCAGCCUACGGACCGGCCAACAUCGUCAUUGGACCUGGUGGCGUUCCCCUGGACACCCCUGAGGUGGCCGCAGCGAAGGCGGCGCACGCGGCGGCGCAAGCGCAGGCGGCCGCCGCCUCCGUGGCGCCCGACGGCACUCUGCUGACGGCGCAGGGCGUGCCGCUGGACACCCCUGCCGUGGCCGCCGGCAAGAUCGCCGACGCCGUGGCGCACCUGCAGGCCAAGGCGGCCCUCUUCGGCUGA